AACCUUGGUGUGAGCCAGUCGAGAAGCUCAAGAGCGACGAGAGAGGCUGAGAGCGGUGCUGGCGCGAACAUGGCGGAGACCGAACGGUCAUUCUACGAGUACCGGGAGAACCACGGCUAUGACAGAGACAGUGAGGGAUUCAAAGCAGCGCAACCGCUGCGGGGACGCGGCUGUGGAAGGAAACGGAAAGGGACACCAGUGAAAGUCUUUGUUACAGCCACCGAGGAGGAGAACAACCCUGAGCACACAUUCUGCAGAGGUGAUCGCAAGGAAGCAGCAGAGAGUAAGCGUCCCACACUGGACGGGCCUCUCCACAGCACAGAACCCACUCUUAGCAACUGCCCUCCAUCAGAGAAGACCCAGGACAAAAUCCCCAACACAUCCAAAGCCUCCAGCUCAGCCUCCACACCAGCAACCUCCUCGGCUCGAACCUCGACACCAGUGCCUGCCCCAGCCACUAACCCGACCACCUUAGCUCAAGCAGCCCCCUCUGUGACACCUGCACCUACAGCACCGGCUGCCCCAGUAGCCUCUGCUCCCGCCCCGGCAAGCAGCUCCUUCCCACCUUCCCCCAACUGUCGCAUCAGAGAGGUUCACUGCGGCAGCCAGGUGCGACUGGUGGUCAUCGCCAUCCGAGACAUCAUCAAGGGGGAGGAGAUUACUGUGGACUACAGCCUGACAGAGUGGGGAGAGAACCUGGGUUUCCGUGGUUCCAUGUCUGCAGCACACCACGACUGUAACUCUGACACAGAGAAUAACAACUUCAAAAAGGAGGACGAGCCCGUGUCUCUAACCACCCAGCAACAGAAGCAACGACCACAUCAAGACUUUGUCACCCCAUCUUGGUCCCUCUCCCCCUCCUCCUCCCCUAUCUCCCAUUCUGACGCCAGUGACUCCGAUGCAGGAGAUGAGGACAAUACAAGCCCCCGCGGACGUAUUUCACGGCGCCGUAGGAAGCGUCGCGGCACCCCUUCGAAGAAAAAGACCCCCAAUCGGACACCGCCUGUCUCCUCCAACCGUCCUCCCCCUUCAUCCCACCCUCCCUCAUCUUCUCCUUCCAGCUCCAUCGCUACUAAACCUGUGUUCAAAGCUCCUGCUCCACUCAGCCCCAACAGCUCAGGCAACAUGAACACAAAUAGCCCAAGAGGAAGCGUGUCCAUAGACGCCAUGCGCCAAACAUGUGACUACUGCGGACGCCACUUCCGUUCCUUGGGCCGCCAUCUAGACAAACACCACUCCCACCAGCCAGACGUGUGCUCUGCCCUUGUUGAGCAUUACACUCAGAUGCACAACACAAACCCGGUCUCAGUCAACACUCAACAUAACUCAAAGGCUUCACAGGCGGCAAACCAAAUGGAACAGAGUGGCGUUCAGGACCUCUCCUUGUCCCCGCCUCCUGCCACAGCAACCAAGCAAUCAAGCUCUAUCUCGCCGUCACUCACGCCACCGCGAGGACAGAACGCAGUGCCCGUGUCAGUCCUGAAGAGGAGCCCGCCCCCUGUGGCUGUGACUCCGCCCAAGAAGGCUGGCACAAGGAGGCUAAAGAGAGACCGACAGGAGGAAGGGGAGGAAGAAGAAGUCGUGGAGGUAAUGGAGGUAAAGAGGGCCAAAGAGGAGGAUGAUGAGAUUGAGUGUGCUCAGUCCUUCAGAAAUAAGUUGUCCAAAGAGAUGAAGCAGAGAAAAGAGGAUGAUGACAAGGAGGAGGAAGAAGAUGAGGAGGAAGAGGAAGAAAAUGGUGUGAUGGAGGUGGAUGAUGAAAGUGGUACAGAGGAUAAGGAAAAAGACUCUCUCGGUUCCGGGCGUCACCACAUGCUGCCACUCCUGUCAUCUUUAUCGUCCCUGGUACUGUACCUCCGCCGGCUGCAGCACUCAGCCUUCCUGUCGCUAUCUCGCCAGCUGCAGUCCGCCGAGGCCUGGCGUCUCCUUUGCCACUCCAGCCUGGCACUCCUCAUCUUGUACAACCGACGGCGUGAGUGCGAGGUAUCCAAGUUGUCUAUCACUGAGUACAGAGCACGCGUCACUCCACAGUGUCCUGUUCCCGUCCCACCUGGUGCUCCCCCGGCUCUCACCCCGCUGGAGGCCUCCUUGUCUCCCUUUGAGCGGCUGGUGCUUCCUCACCUCCCGCGAGUCGGCGUCCAAGGCAAGCGUGGACGCAUCCAGCCUCUCAUUCUUCCCCCUCACUGCGAACCCUGCCUGGAGCUCCUCCUGCAGACGCGGCAGGACGUGGGCGUAGACCCGGCCAACCCUUACGUUUUUGCCAGGCCUUACCACUCACCUGCCACACCCCUAAGAGGCACCGACCUCCUCCGCAGCCUGGCCCGCUCCAGCGGCACCCGCAAUCCCAGAGCCCUCACCCAGACGAGGGUUCGACGCCAGGUCGCUAUUUUGACCCAACUGCUGCUUCUCGGAGAGGGAGAGGAGCCAGGCCAGCCGGAGGGGAGUGCAGUGGAAAGGCUGGAGCAUUUCCUGGAGAGGGAAUACCAUGUGACACAGAACUGUGCCGGGAUUGGCCAAGAUCCAGGCCUGAUGGGCAGAGUGGGUCGUGUCGUGUUGUGCGGCGAGAGAGAUGGAGUGCUCUUCAGAGGGAUGAGCUUGAACCACAUCUGCUUGGAACUGGAUGUUAUGUCAGGAAACUCUGCUGACUCUUACUCAGAGGGAGAGUCCGAAGGGGAGCUGAAGGAGAAACCAGAGUCCCCUGCCAUUUCUCCUACGCCAAAACCUGCACCGACCCUGCUGUAUGUCAGGAAGGGCAAGAACAAUGGCCGAGUGGGACGACCCAAGAAACUCAAGAACAGCCAAGCACCUCCUCUGCCUCCACCGCCUCCUCCUCCACCACCUAUUAACCGCAGGAGAGGCUCAGGUAAGCGUGGCGUCCUGAAGCGUCCGUGGUCAGAGGCCGAGCGAGCGGCAGUCGAGGAGCACUUGACCCAAAACAUCAACGAGCUCCGCGUGCCGGCCAAGGCUGACUGCGAGCGCUGUUUGCAGCAGUGCCCUCUGCUGGUCAACAACCAGCGGGACUGGCGGGCCAUUAAAUUUUAUUGCCACAAUCGCAUCCAGCUGCUGAAGAAGAAUCAGCGGCGUGAAAGCGAGCCCCUCCCUGUGUGCUGAAAUUGGAGGGCGACGGGGACCUUGAGUCCGAUGCAGUGCAGCUGAACAGAGCAGAAUCUCAAAAUGGUACUUAAAAUUUCACAGUCCUAAUUUCACUUUAUUGUGAUGACUUCUAAGUAGAUGGUAUUUUAGUAUGAGCCUCUUCAAGAACACUUUUCUUUUUUUUACUUCUCUCGUGGUCUGAGAGUACAUGACACUGACUUCAGCUUGCGCUGUGUUGUGUGUGGACGGCUCCUCUCAGAACUAAAAUAUGUGAACUUGUGCUGCAUUUAAUCCAUACAGUGUUGUUGUACGAACAUUAUGAAGUAGCAUUAGUGGUUCAUGCACCUGGAGAUGUGACAAGGACUACUUUCCAUCUACUCAACUUCCAGAGAGGCAGAGAAGGUCUUAUCAUGGCUAAUGUAGAUGAAUCCAAACACUAUUUCUUCUCUUUCGGCAGUUGACCUCCAUUUUAGCUUUUGUCUUAAGUUACGGUAGGUGAUCACUCAGCGUCUCUUGUAGAGUCUAGUUAGUUUCCUUCAAGACAACGUCCCAAUGGAGGCAAUUCCAAAGAGUAGAAGUUGUAGAUGUACUGUGACCAUGUUAAAUGUCAUCAGAAUGUUAAGGUGUUCAAUUUGUAUACCUAAAAUGUCUAGUUCGGAUCUUCACACAUGGAACAGAACCUUGUCAAAAACCUUUUGGGUUGGACUUUUUCAGUGCUAUAGGCCUGUAAGCUGGAUAUCACUUUAAAUGUAAAUAGGAGACUCGUGCUCGUGUUAAGUUACUUCAAAAGUGGGCUGUUACAAUAUCUGAAAGUGAUUGUUCUGUUUUUUGUUGCAAUGUCAGUGUAGUCUUCUCCAUUGAGUCAGAGUUGUCCCUUUUACAGCCACACUGAACACUUUUCAGCUACACCACAUCUUUGCAUUAUUUUUGCGUCAGAAAAGUCUUUUGAACCAUCAUGCAACAAUUUCUGUGAAAACCCAAGAUGGAUACUUGAAGUUAAUGAAACAUUCUUGCCCUACCCUUGCCAGUUACAAUGUAUAUAACAAAUAUAUUAUCAUUAUACAAAAUUGUAGACUAUAUGUAGCCUUUCCAUGUGUGAGUUCUGACUAUCUGUACAUAAUCUUGUUUUGUAAAUACUUCUCAGAGAAACGAAGAGAAAAAACACAAUGUUUGACUUGCCUUGGUUAGUGUUAUGUUUUUUCUUUUUUUAAUAAGUCUUAUAAAAACAAAA